UGUAUAAAUAGCGAUGAGUUGAAGGUCUGACACACUGUUGGUUUGAGCACCUCCUCGUUAUAUAUUUAAGAAGCCUUGAGCUCAUCAGAUCUAUUAACAAUGAAGCAAGCUGUUUUCAUCCUUGUCAUCCUUGUCAUCAUCAACACUGGAGCAGUUUUGACCAAACAGAAAAAAACCUCUGCUCUUAAACUGGACAUGGCACCGGAUUCUGUUGAUGACCAAUUUAUAGACUGCGCUGAAAAAAACGACAAACUGAUAAACAAAGUCCUAAAGAAAGAGUUAAAUAAAGAUAGAGACUUUAAAAAUAUUUGGAAGAAAUACCCAAACAUUACUGAUAAUAUUACAAGAAUAAUAAAGGUCUACACCGAUCCAUGGGGAUUCCACUCAAAAUUCAAUGCUGCUGUCAGUUCAGGAAAAAAAUAUUACACCAAAAAAUUCUACUACAAAGCCUUUUAUUUCUUGCUAACACGUGCUGUACAAAAGUAUAAAGAGCAGAGCUGUGUUGAUGUUUUCCGUAGAACCAAUGUUAGUUUUGAGAGACCAAAGAUUAAUGAUGUAAUGCGAUUUGGCAGGUUUGCAUCGACUUCAGGAAAUAAAACCAUGCACAAAAUAUUUGGCAAUAAAUCCUGUUUUGAGAUUAACACGUGCUUUGGUGCAAACAUAACCAAACUUUCUGCGACACCUAAAGAGGAAGAGGUGCUAGUCCCACCUUAUGAAAUGUUUACUAUAACAAAAAUUACAGAUAAACAAAACCACAUGAACUGUGAAGUUCUUUACACUCUAAAGAGUGUGGGAACUUUUAGCUGUAUGAACUGCGAGCCGCUUAAAAAGCUCUACUGAACUGUUGAUGUUAUUAUAGCACAACCACUAACAUGACUGGAUAAUUUAAGGCCAUGAUGCAAUGUUUUCUAAGCAUGUAUUGAUGUCAAUGAUGUACAUUAUUUGUUAUUACAUUAUAAAAUUAGUCAAUAAUAAUGACAACAUUGUAAUUUUAACCAUUUUGUCUGAGCUUUUGUUUGAAUGGAAUUUAAUGUCUGAAUGCUUUUGAAAUUAAAAAUCAUCUGGACCAUAUGUUCGAGGUUCAUAAAUAAAAAAUUGUGUCUUAUUUUU